UUCAUUCAUUCUCUUCUCAUUUUGUGGAUUUUUGUAUGAUAUUUGUUUUGUUUGUUUGCGACUUUGCGUUUUGCAAAGCAAUUAUCAAAAAUAAAAUAAAUUAAAAACACAUCGUAACCAGUUUAGUAUUUAAAUAUAAAAAAUAGUUUUUUUAGAUAAAACAGCUAACGUAUAAAAUGGGUGAUAAGAAAUCUAAACAGAGUAAAGCGGAUAUUGCUAAACAAUUUGAUCUGCCCGAGAGGCAAUCGAAGAUUACUUCGUUGUUAAACCAAGCUGGGCAGGCGUACUGUAUUUGCCGUUCUUCCGACAGUUCGCGGUUCAUGAUAGCUUGUGAUUCCUGUGAAGAAUGGUAUCAUGGUGAUUGCAUAAAUAUAUCAGAGAGGGAAGCUAAAUAUAUUAAGAAUUAUUUUUGUGAUCGCUGUCGGGAGGAAGAUCCAACACUAAAGACAAGGUUUAGGCCACAGAAGAGGGAAAAUGAUGUUGACUCAGGAAGGGAUGAUAGAAAGAAGAAACGUAAGGAAAAAGAUCACGCGGAGAACAAAUCAUCAAAGAGACCAGCUAAAGAUGGUUGUGGAGAGUGCGCUGGUUGCUUGCAGAUACAUGACUGUGGCCAUUGUGAUGCCUGUGAAGACAUGUUUAAGUAUGGAGGCAGCAACAAGCUCAAACAGAGGUGCCGUCAACGACUAUGCGUCAAGAGCAAGAAAGCCUCCAGGCUGUCAAGUAGCAACCGCAUAAAGAAGAAGCACCACGAGCGCGAAGUGUACGAGCCCGAGGAGUCCAUCUCGCACCUGCAGACGGCGGAGCCACGCCAGUGCUACGGGCCGCAGUGUACGCGCGCUGCGCAGUACGGCUCCAAGUACUGCUCCGAGGACUGCGGCAUGAGGCUCGCCACGGCCAGGAUAUAUCAGGUGUUGCCACAAAGGAUACAGGAGUGGUCGCUGGCGACGUGUGUGGCGGAGCAGCAGAACCGCAAGGCGCUGGAGACGGUGCGCAGCAGCCUGGCGCGUGCGCAGGCGGCUCUGCGCGCGCUGGACAAGCAGCACGGCGAGCUGGACAAGCUGCUGGCGCGCGCCCAGCAUGCUACUAUAGUGCACAGUGAUGACAAGGAGGCGGACGACGAGACGUCCAUGUACUGCAUCACGUGCGGUCACGAGAUCCACUCGCGCACGGCGGUGAAGCACAUGGAGAAGUGCUUCGUGAAGUACGAGGCGCAGGCGUCCUUCGGCAGCCGGCACCGCACGCGCAUCGACGGCCAGAGCAUGUUCUGCGACUUCUACAACCCCGUCAACGCCACCUACUGCAAGCGGCUUAGGGUGAUGUGUCCAGAACAUUUCAAGGAUCCCAAAGUGAGCGACACAGACGUAUGCGGAUGUCCGCUAGUGCGGAAUGUGUUCGAGGCGACGGGCGACUUCUGUCGCGCGCCCAAGAAGUCCUGCCUCAAGCACUACCAGUGGGAGAAGUUGCGGCGCGCUGAGAUCGACAUGGAGCGCGUGCGCCAGUGGCUGCGCCUGGAUGAGCUGGUCGAGCAGGAGAGGAACAUCCGGCUUGCUAUGGCUUCCAGAGCGGGUGUACUGGGAUUGAUGCUACACUCGACAUACAACCACGAGGUAAUGGAACGUAUCACGAAGGCCAAUGAGAAUGGAAAAAAGGAGACUUCGUAAGACAGAAGCUAAAGAAUGCAUGCAACGCGUCGAAACCUACCCUUAAGGCUCAGAAUUAUACAGGGUGCUCGGGAGUAUUUCCCAUAACUUCAAGGUG